UCAUAUCGUAUCCCACAGUGACGACCGAGCUGCAGGAAUCGUGGAGCUGAUGCCGCAAGACACAGUGGUCGUGGAGCUGAGGCCGGAGGAGGCGAAUGUAGUGUGGAUAUGAGAGUUGUGAGGCAGAAUGAGCCGUUGAGGGCCGUUACUAUGGCCAAGAUGGGUGGCUCGGGUCAGCAGAAUGACGGUACCAGAGUGUUGACCAGGUUGUUGCGAUCAAACUUCUCCUCCUCAACGGCGGCUUGCGGUGUGCACUGGCAGUGCGUGACGGUGGUCCAUCUCUGUGGUUGUGGUUUGUCGGUAUUCCUAGUAGAGCUGACCAGGCUGCCCAUGCCUGAGAAGCUAUACCUUGACAACAAUAAACUGGCCUCUUGAAUUUCUUCCUGAAAUCUUGCCUCUACACAAACUCCAUCAUUUAUCCCUCGCAAAUAUCAGGAUUGUGGCAUAUGGCAGCUUGAGAUCAGUGAAUG